AUGUACAAACUAAUAUUCUCAACUUUGAUACUCCUAUUUCUUUUGGUUUUGGACCACUUUUUUGGAGGCUUAACAUACAACAUAAGUAAUGAAAUCACCAAAUUUCUCCAAAUUUAAUUUGAAUAUGGAAAAGAAACUGGAAUAUUCGAGUACAUACUCUUGAUAUUCUCAACUGCAGGUGAUGCAGAAUGCACUAAUGUCUUAACAAUUUUGAUUUGGUUGAAAGCUUAAAACAAAAUUCAGAUAUUCAAGCUCAUUACUAUGAAUGCAAUAGCCGCAGCAUUUGGCAACUUAAUAAAGAUGGUUAUGACUCAACCAAGACCAUUUUACCUAGAUCCACAGAUCAAACUGGAUUUCUGCUAUACUGGGUAUGGAGAUCCAAGUGGCCAUUCCCUGAGGUCUUUUGUGUUCUAUGCAAUACUAAUUGAAACUAUUGUAUUAAAGAAAUACAACCAUUCCGAGAACAGUAUACUCUUGGAUUCUGAAAAACAGAUAUACGACUAAAAAGAAAUCUCUAAUUCUGAAUUGUAUAAUUCAAUUUAUGAAAAUCAAUAUAUCUCCUAUUCAAAGUAUAAGAUGUUUAUUGCAACCUUUGCAUUCCUAAUAGGUAUUGGGAGAUUAUACUUUGGUGUUCAUUUCUUAAAUUAAAUCGUUAUAGGUUGGAUCAUAGGAGGAUAUAUACUUUACAUAUAUUACUAUUGUGGUUUGGAGAAAAUGAUACAGAAAGCUUUCAGCAACUCACUAUUGUUAAACCAAUAUAGAUAUCUAAAAAUAUUAUUGGUCUCAUUGAUAGUGUUUGCCUUAGCAUUUCUCUUGUAUUUUGAAAGGCAUUAUGAACAAUCACUAAUAGAUAUGAAAUAAUAAUGGAAAUAAAAUAUCUUAAAAUAGCCACUCUGUACAAGGGGAGGAGGGUAUAAUCCUAAAACUAAAUUUGAAACUCAUGAUAUCUCUGGAUUUUCAAUAUUAUUUUUCCCUUGUUAUUUGUUAGCUUUCUAUUCAAAAUAAUAAAUGCUAAUCAAAAUUGAAUCGGAUUAAAUAUUAACCUAAAUUGGCUAAAAUAUUCAGUACCUCCUGACCUAUAUUGCUAUGUAUUGGAUUUAGAGCUUUGAAAAGAAAGCAACAAGUAGAAUAGGAGGGCCGUCUGAAACAAAGAGAUUGCUAUGCAAAAUAUUUUUUGCUUAAUUUCACUAUAUAAAAAUAUCCAUAUUGUUUUUAAUGAUAAUUCCUCUGGGACUCAGAUUAGCAGAAUCAUUUAUUAAAAGAUAGCAAUUUAGUCGAAUCAGUUAGGUUGAUCAAUCAGAAACUGAAAUGGUUUGA